CCGUGGUGGAGGACGACCACCGCCCUCGGGAGCUGGCCGUGGAGGGGGGGUACUGUCACAGAUACGCCAGGCUCCACCAUCCACUAAUCACCCACACUCUUUUGUUUCAGCAGCUCACCUUUAUGUCAGUGCAAGGAAGGACAGAGUUACGCUACCUACCUUUGAAUACCCCACGGACUCCCCCACGACGUCACGUUUGGAUAUCUACCACUUGGAACCCUGAACCCCGGCUCCUGUCUGUCUCCAGUCUCCUGAGUGUGUCGCUCCGACUCCUGGCUCCCGUCUGUCUCCAGUCUCCUGAGCUCCUGUGUAUCUCCAGUCCUCUGUGUGUGUCGCCCCAGUGCCCACACUAUUCCGCCAGUAGUAAGAUCAAGGACAGUAUCAUAUCACUCCGUAUUACUUCUGUGUUGCAAUAAACUCUCUCAGUCUCCUUACCAUUGCCUCCGGUGGUUCUGUCCGUAACAGAAGACCGGACCCCAAAAAACAAGGAUGACGGCCACAACUUCCCUACUUCACCUGGGUGAGUUGGCCAAACGAUAUCUCCUCAGCCUCCCUAGUCCCUUUAUUGCGGUGGACGAGUUUCUACAGUCAGGGAUUUUCUCCGGUAGAGUGGAACAUUGCGAAGAGUUCCUCACGAAGUGCUGCCUCGCGUUCCUGUUACACCCUGAUCAGUUCCCGUCUGAGCGGACACAGGUAGCCUUCGUGGUGCUUCGGCUAGCCGGUCCGGCACUGCACUGGGCUGGAUCCCUGGCGGUUAAGGAAGAGGCAGUUCUCCAUUCUCUGGACCUCUUCCUGGCGAGAUUCUGCCAGGAGUUUGGCCCGCCGAACCUAUGGUCAUCCACGAAUCCCCAACCUGUCUGCCAGCCGCCGCCGCCUGCUUCCAGCCCUGAGACUCAGCCGCCGCCGCCGCCUGCCUCCAGCCCUGAGACUCAGCCGCCGCCGCCGCCGCCUGCCUCCAGCCCUGAGGCCCAAGCUCCUGGUCGUCCGCCCGAGGUCGCGUCCGUCUCCAGCCCGGCCCAAGCUCCUGGUCGUCUCCCCGAGUCCGCGACGGCCUCCCGCCGUCUCCAAACUCCUGGUCGUCCGCCCGAGUCCGCGACGGCCUCCCGCCGUCUCCAAGCUCCUGGUCGUCCGCCCGAGUCCGCGACGGCCUCCCGCCGUCUCCAAGCUCCUGGUCGUCCGCCCGAGUCCGCGACGGCCUCCCGCCGUCUCCAAGCUCCUGGUCGUCCGCCCGAGGUCGCGUCUGUCUCCAGCCCGGCCCAAGCUCCUGGUCGGCCGCCCUGUGUGACCAGCUCAACCCUUCUCCAGGCUCCAGGUCGGCCACCCGACACACCGGACUCCGAUCAGCUCCCCGGAUCGGCUUGGCCCCUAGGGACAGGCCGCAGUGUCGGGGGAAAGAGGGGGGUCUUUUCGGCCCUUGGGAGCUGGCCGUGGAGGGGGGGGGUACUGUCACAGUCUGUCUUGUUCUCUCCCCGUCACUUCGCACUUCAGGCUCCCCUUCACUCUGCACUCCCUCACCUGAGUAUUAAUUCCCAGCACCUGUCACCCAUCGCACACCUGCACAUAAUCAGCCACUCUACUCCCUAUAUAACCCAGCUCCUCACCUCAGUCAGUGUCCGGUCUUGUUCAUAGGAAGGACAGAGUUACGCUACCUACCUUUGAAUACCCCACGGACUCCCCCACGACGUCACGUUUGGAUAUCUACCACUUGGAACCCUGAACCCCGGCUCCUGUCUGUCUCCAGUCUCCUGAGCUCCUGUGUAUCUCCAGUCCUCUGUGUGUAUCGCCCCAGUGCCCACACUAUUCCGCCAGUAGUAAGAUCAAGGACAGUAUCAUAUCACUCCGUAUUACUUCUGUGUUGCAAUAAACUCUCUCAGUCUCCUUACCAUUGCCUCCGGUGGUUCUGUCCGUAACAACGUGAUAGUGAGCUGCUGUAACAAAAGAGUUUCCCCUCGGGGAUCAAUAAAAUAUUUCUGAUUCUGAUAAUAAGACUGAAAGUGGUAAAGUCACUUGUAAUGUGCUGUAUCUGCUUUAGGAUAAGCAUGAAUAUUUUGCUCAAACUAAAACAUUUUUAACUCAUGUAGAUGUGUCUACACUCUGUUCAUAUCAACUCCCGUCUUUCCAUUGACUAUAUACAAUCAUGCUGCAUUCGAAAUUUCCUUUGUGUUCAAUCUGAACACACUUUUAGUCUGAGAGGCUUGGUGCAACAAGAAAAAUAAUGUCAAGUCUAUGAUUUUGUACAAUUGGACAUUGACUUAGGAAGCCUAAGAGAAGAUGGUAUCACUGUGAAUGGCAUCAGAAUAAACAGUUUUAGCUGUCAUGGCUAUGUUGCUGCUCCCAUCCUCCCAAUGAAGUGGUGUGCAUCUGGCAAGAAUAAUGUGUAAUUUGUUCUUAUAGACAGCAGAAUAGGGAACCGUCCAGCAGUUCAGUGUG